CAGGCACACGCCCACGGCGAUUAAAGCCAUCGGCUGUAAUCCUCACACAGCUCUCAAGCCUACACGGUUAUUCUCUACCUUUAAUUUCCACUGUAGUUAAAUCACAUAAAAAUGGAUAACUCCGGAAAAGAAAAGGAAGCCGUACAGCUAAUGGCUGAUGCGGACAAGAAAAUCAAGUCUUCGGGCUCCCUUUUGGGAGGCAUGUUUGGAGGAGGACACCACAAAGUGGAAGAAGCCUGCGAGAUGUACUGCAGAGCGGCCAACAUGUUCAAGAUGGCCAAGAACUGGAGUGCUGCUGGAGUAGCGUUUUGCAAGGCGGCACAUCUCCACAUGCAGCUGCAGAACAAACAUGACUGUGCCACCAGUUUCAUCGAUGCUGGGAACGCUUACAAGAAGGCCGACCCCAAUGAGGCAAUCAAGUGUUUAAAUGCCGCCAUCGAUAUAUACACAGACAUGGGAAGAUUCACCAUUGCUGCCAAACACCACAUUAGCAUUGCUGAGGUCUACGAGUCAGAUCUGGUGGAUAUCGAAAAAGCGAUUGCACAUUAUGAGCAAGCAGCAGACUACUACAAGGGAGAGGAAUCAAAUAGUUCUGCCAACAAGUGUCUGCUGAAGGUGGGGGCUUACUGUGCUCAGCUGGAGCAGUACCAGAAGGCCAUAGAGAUCUACGAGCAGGUUGGAGCCAACACCAUGGACAAUCCUCUGCUGAAGUACAGCGCCAAAGAGUAUUUCUUCAAAGCGUCGCUCUGUCAUUUCAUCGUGGACGAGCUGAACGCCAAGAUCGCUGUGGAAAAAUACGAGGAGAUGUUCCCAGCUUUCUCCGACUCCAGAGAGUGCAAACUCUUAAAGAAACUUCUGGAGGCUCAUGAGGAACAGAACAGCGAGGCUUUCACAGAGGCAGUGAAGGAGUUCGACUCCAUCUCUCGCUUGGACCAGUGGCACACGACGCUCCUGCUGCGCAUCAAAAAGACCAUCCAAGGCGAUGAGGGAGAUCUUAAAUGAGACCCUGCCCAGUGGAGACACAGAAAGGACAAAUCGAUCAAUUAGUCAAUCAUUGCGCAUGACAAACACACACACACAAAAAACACUACACAAACUACAAACAGACUUUUCCACUGCGCACUGCUUUACUGUAACACUUAGCUUCCCUUAAAAUGAGCGCGUCGCAAUCGAGUUGAAAUUUAAAGCGUCUUCUGUGCGGAGGUGUCUUCUUCACUUAACAUGUGUCCUCCUGGAAGUGCGAAGGUCAGCGGUCAUGUCGACAACUGCAUGUUUUUGUACAUGUAGUGUGUAGUUUUGUGUCUUUGUCAGAUCUCCAUGUAGUUUCAUCAAGUGUGGCUCGUUGACAACGUGCGCUAAGAGACUGUUAAAACCGCUCAUUAUUUCCUCAGGAUUCCUUUUGUUGAUGUGUCGUUGUGACUACUUUUGGUUUCUUCUAGUUUGAUUACGGUUAGGAUUUGGAUGCCGUUCCUCGCUAAUAAGCAUGUCCCCUCCGCCCCGUGUCGCCUCAGUUCACUCGCCAGCGUGGCGAGCCGCACCAAAGUAUCCAGCUUCUUCCAGAUGGAAUGUUCACACAUCCUUUGAACAAAAUGAUCAGUAUGCUUGUGCAAACGGACAAUAAAGUUGAAUUGUAUCCCUGUUA